AGAUAUACACUAGAAACCAAGGACGCGUGCUGAUUAAUCUAAGAAUGAUAAUGGUCAACGUAGUGAAUAAACCCGCACCGCUUGCACAGCGUCAGCCUCACCACCGGACUAUGCCUACCGUGUGAUUGGAGUCACUGAAUCAAAUCAUGAAUCUACUGCAGGCACAUUUUGUUUUGAUUUUUCCCGCUGUCAUCACACUUGGAUACUCCACCAUAGAGCUUUCCCCGACCAGACCUCUCACGAUAGGUGAAGAAGACCCAGACUUCAAUGGUCCUAUCAAAAAUGUCACGGUGGCGUUGGGAAGAGAAGCCAUUCUAAUUUGCCCAACAACGGAUCUGGGAACCUAUAGGGUUGGAUGGAUGAAGGCGGAUGACCAGACGAUACUGACACUACACAAUAAGCUUGUCACCCACAACCCCCGGAUAGGCAUCACCCACGACAACAACAACUGGGGUCUCCACAUCCGGCAGGUGAAGGAAGCUGACAAGGGGUGCUACAUGUGCCAGAUCAACACGAGCAUUAUGAAGAAACAAAUCGGCUGUAUAGAUGUCCAUAUACCCCCAGAUAUAGAGGACGAGGGAACGAGUUCAGACGUUACAGUUCAGGAAGGAGAAAAUGCGACUUUGACCUGUCGAGCUAAAGGACAUCCUCCACCCAGGAUCAACUGGAGGCGAGAGGACAGCGAGCACAUAGUAGUCAGAAAAACCCCGAAAGAAACGACUAAAGUAGAGUCCUAUAGUGGUGAGAGCCUACAUCUGGUGAAGCUGGACAGACGCCAGAUGGGAGCAUACUUCUGCAUUGCAAGCAACGAUGUUCCCCCAGCAGUUAGCAAACGGAUUACGCUCAAUGUCAAUUUCGCUCCUGUUAUCAAAGUACCAAAUCAGCUCCUUGGGGCACCUUUGGGUACUGACGUGCAACUGGAGUGCUUCGUCGAGGCUUUUCCAAACACCAUAAAUUACUGGAAGAAGAAUAUGGAUCAGGUGAUAUUACCCAGUCACAAAACUGUGAUAGAAGAGAUCAGAAACUCCUACAAAGUCCACAUGAAACUGAUCGUAAAAGGUUUCAACCAAAGCGACGUUGGGACUUACAUGUGUGUCUCAUCCAAUUCCAUGGGGAAUGCCGAAGGAAUAGUCAGGCUCUAUGAAAUCAAAAUACAAACGAUCCUUCCUACAACAACAACGGAGCCAACUACGAUUACUAUUCCACGUCGGGAAACGACUACAACCGAAGUAUAUAAGGAAGUUCUGCCUACGACUAUGAAUCCACUUUACGUGACGGAGCCACAUUUACGGGACAUAUUCCAGGAUCACAACGACAACGAGAUAUCUGGUGUAUCCAGCAGACAACACAUUACUAGCGGGAUCUCUCGGCAACUUGUGGAACCACUGUGGAUGCUCGCCUCUCUGCUAGUUCUCUCGGUUUCCGCUAGAUGACGCCACUAGUCCAGCACUGACGUACGAACAUCCUGCUCACUAGUCUAGUCCUGGACAGCUGCCCACUGUGGCGGCCAUAUUUGUUUCCUACAAGAGGCUUGCCCUCAUGCUGUUAGUGUUAGAUGUGAAAAUACACAUUACGUUUUGUACGGCGUUGUUGAUGAACGUGUAAAAUACUUGUUGUUAUUUAACACUAAAGUGUACAUUUGUAACAUAAACAUUUGUCUGUAAUUAUUUGUAAGGUUCACUUUGAUUAAGUUUAGGAAAACAAUACUUUUGAGUAACUAUGAUUAAUCAUUAAUACUUUUAACGAUGGAAUUAAGAUUUUACCACCGUCCCACUAUUAUGGGUUUUUCACAAACUCCAUAUCCUUUUUUUCGAUAUUGCUUCAGAGUGUGUGAUUCAUUUUUGGUAAUCACAUUGGUAUAAUAUAGUGAUUUUAUUCAUGCAUAAAAAUAGUUAAACGAAAUAUUUUAAAACAAAAUACAAAAUAACCAAUGAAGAACUCAUGGUUACUAACUUGUAAGUUUUUAAUGUAUAAUUUUUUUCUUAAAAACCCUUUUACGUUAUUAAUAAGCAUUUGAAUCUUCAUUGCAUAUAUAGAUCCAGUAUGAGAAUACUUUGAGUAACCUUAUGCAAUAAUAAUAACAGACAAAUAAAAGCUCUCAAUUCUGUUCAAUUCUAUAAUAAAGCUGGAUUUCUACUUUAGACAAAGUUCUAUUUAAGUGAUUAACUGAUGUAUUCCUACAUUAAUUAUGAUUAUAAAACGAGAAAUAAAUACUAAAAAUACAGGAAUAACUAUUAAAUUACAGAUUUAAAUUGAGAAAAUUACAUUGUAUGACGUACAAAAAACAUGCAAUUGUUUGUUUGUAGCUUUAUAUUGAAAUAGUUCUGCUAAAAUUUACGUGAUUUGUUCUUCGUUUUGAUAAAAAAAUUGGCUCAAAUACUUGUGAAACGUGUGAUAGAUAAUAAUGUUAAUUUGAUGGUAAUCUGUAAAAACCUGAAACUAUUUAACACUUCUAAUAUAGGCUUUCCCUAUUGAUAAUUUGCUAAAUACCUACUGUUCUAAUUAUCAUUUAGUUUAUAAGUCUAUAGUAGCCUAAAAAUAACUUUUUCUUCAAGAGUUAUUUAUUAACAUAGUUUUAACAACAAAAGUUUACAGGAGACGUAAUGUGAUAAUUUACUUCCAUUUACUAGGGUAUUAGGUUGUAAUAUGUAAAUUAUAAUGAAACUAAUAUUUAGACAUUUCACGGACUAUGUAUAAAGGUAAUAUCAUACUCCAUAUCAGUCUAAUGUAUAUGUAAGUACCUCAGUAUAUUUUAACAUAUCCAAACGACUUAAUAAUAAUAUAUGCUUUUGAAGUUAUUUUAGCUGUUUUUGAUCGUAUUUAUUUCAAUAAUAAUUGGUACACUUCAGCAGGUUUUUCAGCAAAAAACGGUUUUAAAUAUUAUUAUUGUUACUACUUAAUAUAUUAAUUUAAAAGUAAAUUCCUAUUUAAGUAAUUGUAAUAUUGUUAUUCUAAACAUUGUAUUGCAUAAAUUUCAACUUCUAAAUAGAAACACCUUUUUAUUUACUACACAUGUUUAACACUAUGAGGCAUAAUUAUGUUACAUUACAUAGACAUUAUAAAGGUGUUUUAAUCUUAUACUGUUUCAAUAGUAGUAUUGCAUACAAUUUUAACCAAUAGAUUUUUUUUAUUGAAUUUGUUCCACUGAUCUGGUUUAUAUUAUGAUUGUGUAUGUUUUCAUUCUUUAUUUCAUUUUAAAACCUGGACUUAAGAGACAUCAUUUUUUAAAGAUAUGUGAUUAACCAUAAUUGAAAACAGGCUGAAGGACACAUAUAGUAUAACAUACAAAAUCGAUUUUUUACGUUUGUAUAUGGAAAAUUAGUUUAGCCCUAAAGGGUUAAUAUGGGUUGUGAUAUAGCAUAAAUAUUUAUUGUUUUAGUGUAAAGAAUGUGUAAAAAUGUAUUUGUAUAUUACGAACAUAAUUUAAUAAAAUAUAUGGAUAUGAA